UAGUUAUGAUAACAUAACCAAUAUCAUAGAAUUAUUACUCUUUUAUAUUUUGUAUUUUUACAUGUAUAUUUAUUAUGUUUGUACUUUGUACAUUGUAUUGAAACAUAAUUACAAUAUUUUAUUAUCAUGAUAAUGAUUAUCCAAGAAAAUUUUUAUAUUUCAUCUGAUCGAUUAUCGUGAAUUGUUAGUUUCAUAUUCUAAUGCGCUGUAUGCGAUUUCUAGUGUCGUCGUCGAUAAUGUUUUUGUUGAUGUUGUCAGGUUAUAAGAUAUUUUUCAUAGUACGAAUGUUUUUGCAUUGUAAACUUUCGCCUUUUAUCAGCCAAUUAAUUGUAUCGUAAAGGUGUACGAUUUUAAUUUUUGUUUUUUGUUUUUUGUUUUUUUUUUAUGAGUCUAUAAACGAAUACAUUUUUUGUGGUUUAUGUAGUAUUCAGAAUAUAUUAUAUAUGUCGGCUUUGGAAAAUGGUUAGAUUUUAUUUUUUUCUUUAAUUAUUUUAAAUGCUUAUAAAUUAAUAUAAGUUAUAUAGAGAAAUGUUAUUGGUUAACAUAUAAUGGCCAUGGAUACCGUAUACAAACAUUUAAAAAUUCAAAACAGACCUUACAGCGUGAACGAUAUAGUAUUGAAUUUGCACAAUGAAUUUGGAAAAUCUGCUGUUCAAAAGGCCAUCGAUCAUUUAUUAGCAGAAGGAAAGAUAUUUGAAAAAGUAUAUGGAAAGCAAAAAGUUUAUUGCGUUGUUCAGGACUCGACGCAAGAUAUAGAGGAAUUAAUGAGAAUCGAUAAAGAAUUACAGGCACAUGCGAAUGACGUUGAAACUAGAUAUCAAGAUUUAGAGAAAGAGAUUAAAAAUCAAGAGACUUUAUUAAAAUCUUUAAAAUCAUCUGUCACUGUUGAAGAAGCAUAUAAAGAGAAAGUUUUACUCGUGGAAAGUAUUAAAGUUUUAACAAAUAAAUUAGAUAAACUUAUUGAAUCUACCGGUAGUAUGGAUUUAACUGAAACAAAAAGAAAAACACAAUCCUCUUUGGACGAAUAUACACGUGAAUAUGUUAAACGUAAAAGAUUAUGUACAGAUAUAAUAGAUUGUAUUUUAGAAAAUUAUCCUGGUACUAAAAGUGAGUUGUACGAUGAAAUAGGUAUAGAUCCAAAAAUUAUUAAUUGAUAAUAAUAAUGUUAUAAAUUUUCAUAUUUAUUUUUAAUGAAAUAAAAUAAUUAACAUUACAAAAUUUUAUAA